UCAGUCGUGGCUAUGCAGAACGGAUUUACUCGAUCUGUUUCUCCUUCUACAUGUUGGAUGUCCACCUCGGUUGCUGGUGCACCCAUCGAGAUUCGUGUAUUUGCAGGCUCUUGCUCGACUGUACUGACCCCUUUCUGGUUAUGGGUGGAGAAGUUUCACGAAGAGAAAUGGGGAUAAUGUUCAUCGUGUUUGGGUUAUUGGCUGUCUCUGUUCUGCCGUAUACAUCUGCAGAAAAAACAGAUACCAGCAUCACUGUAAUAGAACUUGAAAGGAACGAAAUCACUGUCAUAUCUUCACCCGGCUAUCCAUUCUACUACGACUCGAACCUCGACCUUACUUGGGUACUCACGGCUCCAGUGGGUCACAUCCUCCAGAUUCAGAUCCUGGACCUGGCCCUAGAGACGGACUACGACUACUUGUACAUUGGUUCUGGGCCUGGUCCCAAUGAACCUGGUUCUUGGGAGCUUCAGAAACUGACUGGGUAUAACUAUUCCAGUGAACCCGCUACACCCGGUCACUCUAUGUGGGCCAGAUUUACCACGGAUGUCUCAAGGGAUGAUUUUGGCUUCAGUCUUCGUGUCACAGCUAUACUUAACCCUGAAUGCAGCAGCGGUCAAAUGCAAUGUUCUAGUGGACUGUGUAUCAGCGAAUCGGCAAGGUGUGACGGAAAUAACGACUGUCUCGAUUUCUCAGAUGAGGAAUACUGUCCGUACUGCGAACAAGUUCAUUUAGAUAUAUGUAGACAGAGCCUGGCCUACAAUUUGACUUUUUUCCCGAAUCGGAACGCAGAGACAGCAGACGCUGCAGCGGGAGGCUUUACAGACAUGGCAGAUACUAUAUCAUCGUGCCAUGAUCACCUGUUCCCUUUCAUGUGCACCGUAUACUAUCCGGAAUGCACCCAUAACGGCCCCACCCAUCGGGUGUGCUACUCCGACUGUUUAGCAGUCACUGAUGCCUGCAAGGCAUCCUUUGAGCAACUCCUCGACCGCCCUUGGCCCGUCAACUGUUCCAUGUUUACCGAUGAACAGGAGGAAGAUGGGAGCUGUUUUGGCCCUGCGGGAGAUAUUUUCGGUACCAACAUAUGCGGGACACGCCCUGCAUACGCAUCAGACCAAAACAGGGUUCUUGGUGGUACCAACGCACGCCAAGGAGAAUUCCCUUGGAUUGGUUCACUCCGCCUCGAAGGAUUGGAUUUUGGAGGACAUUGGUGUGGGUCUACCCUGAUCAACUCUCUAUGGGUUCUUACCGCCGCUCACUGCGUUCCUUACUACGUCGAUCGUGUAGUUUUUGGGAACGCACAUUUGACGGAUGACUCCGACAACGAGGUAGCGGUUGAGGUGGCUGAUAUUUUCGAACAUCCUGAGUACGACACCUAUUUGUACAUCAACGACAUCGCUCUGAUACGACUUGCUGAACCGGUGCCAUUCAGUGACUACGUUAGACCCGCGUGUCUGUCGGAAUCCCCGGAUGAACUCGAGGACUAUCGUCGCUGCCUCGUCGCUGGAUGGGGAACUACACUGCAAGGCCCACGUAUGUACUGUUUUACUUAUAUUUGA